CUUGUAUGGGUGAAUUGAAACUUUAUAACAUCAUUCUCUAUCAAUAAAAACUCCCAGCUGAUAGCUUAAGUUACCAUAGAGAAAUUCACCAUAUUCAUAAACAGUAUGCUCGCGCAAACCUGAAGUUAGGUAAAAACUGAAUUUUUAAAAAUUGUCAGUUACAAAAUUGAAUAUAUAUUAUGGUACAUCCAGGAGAUAAUGUAUUGUCACAGAGAUCAAGCAGGGAUCACGUUGAUGAGGGGUACUCCACGCCUCCCCGUCAAUCCUUCAUCAUUCCUGUCAUGGAAAGACGUGGUAGCAGUGAUCACAUGCAGCCAAGCAUGCCAAGCCCCGGAGAAAUUCGCGCUAUGUUUGGUACAUCACGAAUCUGCGAGUACCCCGAGUACCAGAGAGCGUCGUCAAUAGUUCCUGAUCCCGUCGAGUGGAGCGCUGACACACAUUUGGAUGAUUUGGAAGAGAAACUUAUAAAAAUUAGACAGUGGUCUGAAGCCACCUCAAGUCGGCAACAAGAUGCCUUCACAGAAAUCGGUAGGAGAGACGCCAGUCACCGUUUGGUCCAAAAUGCACCACCUGAAGUACUUUUCGGGGCUGAUUUCGGGGUUCCUAGAGGUUCGAGGUUCUAUAGAGCUGAAUGUUGUUCCAACAGAAGUUUUACUGGAACUGUUAGUGAGAGUGACGACCUGUCUUCUACAAAUUCACAAUCGGGACUCCCAAAUCAUUAUCUACAUGAAGAUGGAGUCCGAGGUUACCCAAACCGGAGAGGUUCCAGUAUUUUCACACUGAACGACGACUCGAGAAGCCUCACAAGUGAUGAGAGGAUGGUCAAGUAUUUACUCGACAAGGAUGUGAUGAACAUUGAAGGCACAUCUCUUAGUAAAGCGAAAUCACUCAGUAAACUUUGUGAUAUUGUACAAAGUCUACGUAGAGUCUAUGAGGAUAACAAGAAGGCAUGUCAUGUUGUGAAAAAAUUGUUGCAGAUAUUCAAUGUAAACGACGAAGUGAAUGGGAAGCUUGAAGGCGAUACUAAGACAAUUUUAAAGGAGAAAUUCUGUAAGUUUCUGGAGAAUAGUGAACCUGAACUAGAUGCUUAUAAGGACAUCAACAAGCUAUUCGAUUUGUUGGAGUUUGGGUUGACGGCUGACGAAGAAAGCACACUGCAGAGUACACUAGAAAAUCUCUGUGUAAAACUAAACCCAGAACUAAAUUGCCUACAAUACGAGGCACAACCAGUUCUCAAAAGUUGUGUGCCCUCUGAAAGGGAGCUGUUGACAAAUGAGGAAGAUGAAGUGUUAAUAAAGUUACACAAUUUGUCAUCAGAUCUGAGUGUGACGGUUCUGGAAGAAAUCGAUGGGAAAACUAGUGUUGUAGGACAGUCGUUGCCCAAGAAAAAUAGUUUUGAUCGAUCGAAUACUUGUAAAAAGCCUGUAACUAACAUUCCUGUGAAUCUUUCUAGAGGCAGCAGUUUUCAAAGUAAUCACACAUCAACAAGAGUUCAACAGGUGGCAUCUAGUGAGAGUAACACAUCAGCAGCAUCGAAGCAAAGCAUGACAUCGGGCAGGAGAAACUUUGGGGCCUUCAAGGAGGAUUUGUUUAGAAAAGCGAUAGCUCUCGGGUUCACAAAAGAUGUGGAGGAACUCGAGAAAAGCGCAGGGAGUUUGAGUAGGCGAUCGCAGCUCGCUCUGUUGGAGAGAAAAGUGAGCGGCCGGUACAAAAGCAUGCAGAUUGCUGAAGAACGCAGGAAAAUUGGAGCUCCCGAAAGAAUUGCCAUCAAUAAUAAACCGUUGGGGAGAUGUAGGCCUGGUAGUAGCGAUGUAAAGAAAGGCAGAGUUUCUUCUCCGACUUCCUCCCAGAAUUUAUCAAAUGUAUCAAAUGUAUCAAAGGCAUCAAAUAUGUCCACAACUCUCCUGAGACCAAGAACUAGUAGUAAUUUGGAAGUAGAAGAAAAGAUGUCUCCAAGAAAGCUGGGUGUCAAGAGUAGUAAUAAUCGUAGAAAAAUAGUUUUAGAUAUCAUUCCAGUUUUAAGAAAAAAUAAAAGUAAGGAUGAUGACAUGGUUGAAGCUGUGGAAAGAGUAACUCUGCCAGAAACCAUUUCCUGCUCACCGGUAGAUGAAGAUAAUGAUGAGGUUUAUUCAAAAUCAAACCCGUGUUUUGAGGAACAAAGAGGGGAGAGCUCUAGUGAUGAUCAGAUAAGAACUCUUUCAGAUGCUACAGAACAGAUUUCGGAGGCUACAAGUGAUGAUACAGAGUUGGAUACACAGAUUGAUAAUGAGUGUUCUGUUAGAAAAACUGGUUCUAAAAAUAGUAACAAUAAUCGAAGGAAAACUAUCCAUGCCAUUGUGACUGUCUCAUGUGGCUUACCUGAAAAGUCACAAGAAGUUCUGUCGGAGGGAGAAAAGGUUGGAGAUGAAGUAAAUAAGAACGAGUCAAGUUUUCUACAAUCUUCCCCUUUGGAAUCGAAUAGAAGUUCAACAUUAAUCAUGAGGAGUGAAAAUGCAGAACCAACAGUGAUUACAGACCCAACCGUUUCCACUGAGCCUACAACAAUAAUUAGCGGUGUGGAAGUUGAUGAACCAAAUGACUCAGAAAGUAUUGUACCAGAUGAAGAUCAAGAAUCACCGAAAUCAGAAAAUCAAAGAAUCCCAGUUUGCAGUCGAAAGAAGGAUCACUACAUGGGCUCGAUUUUCUUAAUUUUCUUCACUGUGGCACUGCUCUACUCUGUCUUUCUCUAUGGGAACUUUGAAUUCUGCCACGAUAAGUACGACUACUAUCAAAAAGUGAUGGUGGAAUUUAUGGGAGUCAUCAGGAAUAAUAUCCAUGAUUUCAAGGAGAAAUGUUGUCAAAUUUUCGCAAAAAGUAUCAACUGAAAGUAAAAUUUGCAAAAUUUCGUGUCGUUAUCCUGCUUGUGAAUAUAUUUUUGUGAUUUUAUCAUAAUUUUUGAAGUCAGAGAAAAAUCUAAAAUAUUAUUGUGUAACACCUGAGCUGAAAUAUACACUACUUGUAUUUCUGUAA